AAGUUGAUAAAGGAGAAGUUGAUGUAAAAGGUGAUAAAGGAGAAGUUGAUGUAAAAGGUUAUAAAGGAGAGGUUGAUGCAAAAGGUGAUAAAGGAGAAGUUGAUGUAAAAGGUGAUAAAGGAGAAGUUGAUGCAAAAGGUGAUAAAGGAGAAGUUGAUAAAGGAGAAGUUGAUGCAAAAGGUGAUAAAGGAGAAGUUGAUGUAAAAGGUGAUAAAGGAGAAGUUGAUGUAAAAGGUGAUAAAGGAGAAGUUGAUAAAGGAGAAGUUGAUGUAAAAGGUGAUAUAGGAGAAGUUGGUGCAAAAGGUGAUAAAGGAGAAGUUGAUGUAAAAGGUGAUAAAGGGGAAGUUGGUGCAAAAGGUGAUAAAGGAGAAGUUGAUGUAAAAGGUGAUAAAGGAGAAGUUGAUGUAAAAGGUGAUAAAGGAGAAGUUGAUGCAAAAGGUGAUAAAGGAGAAGUUGAUGUAAAAGGUGAUAAAGGAGAAGUUGAUGUAAAAGGUGAUAAAGGAGAAGUUGAUGUAAAAUGUGAUAAAGGAGAAGUUGAUGUAAAAGGUGAUAAAGGAGAAGUUGAUAAAGGAGAAGUUGAUGCAAAAGGUGAUAAAGGAGAAGGUGAUAAAGGAGAAGUUGAUGCAAAAGGUGAUAAAGGAGAAGUUGAUGUAAAAGGUGAUAAAGGAGAAGUUGAUGUAAAAGGUGAUAAAGGAGAAAAUGAUGCAAAAGGUGAUAAAGGGGAAGUUGAUGCAAAAGGUGAUAAAGGAGAAAUUGAUGUAAAAGGUUAUAAAGGAGAAGUUGAUGUAAAAGUUGAUAAAGGAGAAGUUGACGUAAAAGGUGAUAAAGAAGAAAUUGAUGCAAAAGGUGAUAAAGGAGAAGUUGAUGCAAAGGGUGAUAAAGGAGAAAAUGAUGUAAAAGGUGAUAAAGGAGAAGUUGAUGUAAAAGGUGAUAAAGGAGAAGUUGACGUAAAAGGUGAUUAA